UUGGACGGCCGGCCGAUGGAGCCGGCUCUGGCGGCGGAGACGGGGCGGGCGGUGGCCGAGAAACUGCGGCUCUACCGGGGCGACGCCAGCGGCUGGAGGAGCUGUCGGACCGGGCCCGGACUGUCCAUCUCCUGGAGGCCGUCCACGGAAUUCCCGGGAAACCUGUAUCGCGGCGAAGGGUUCGUGUGUGGCACCCCAGAGCAAGUGUGGGAGUGCCUGAAGCCAGUGCCCAAUGGGCUGCGCACGGAGUGGGAUGCCAACGUCAAGGGGUUUGAAGUUGUUGAAACGAUCGGAGAGGAUCUCUCCAUCUGCAGAACGCUCACCCCUUCAGCCGCCAUGAAGCUCAUCUCUCCCCGGGACUUUGUGGACUUGGUGCUGAUCAAGAAAUAUGAUGAUGGCAGUAUCACGUCCAAUGCCACCCACGUGGACCACCCGCUCUGCCCACCCCAGCCAGGCUACGUCAGAGGCUUCAACCACCCAUGCGGCUGCUUCUGUGAACCCGUCCCAGGGGAUCCGAACAAGACACAGCUGUUCAGUUUCUUCCAGACGGACCUCGGGGGCCACCUGCCUCGGACCGUGGUGGACACCUUCUUCCCCCACAGCAUGGCCGAGUUCUACCGCAACCUCCAGAAGGCCGUGAGACAGCUUCAGGCCUGAUGCCACCUCUGCCAGGGAGACCGCUGGGACCACCCCAGCCCCCGGGGUGGGUGAGAUGGCCCAACAGGC